AUGGCCCAAGUUCCGGUGCAGACGAUCCAUCGGGAUCCUCAGCUCCUCUACUGGAUCCUGUUUCCGAUUACGGUGGUCAUGAUCCUGACCGGUAUCCUUCGACACUACGCCACCGUCCUCCUCGCCACGCCGCCCAAGAAGCUCGACAAGCCGGCGCUUAAGGAGCAGCGCGCCAUGAUGCACGGCGUCACGGUGCGCACCAACCACCACGUCCUCUCCAAGAAGUCGUUCGAGGCCCGUCGCGAUGCGCUCAUCGCAGCCUACGAAUCCGGCGCGUACCUCAAGGAUCCCGACCGUAAGGGCCAGCCGCCUGCGAACCCGCUGACCGACCCGGGCGCGAUGGACGGCAUGAUGGGCAUGAUGAAGAACAACAUGGCCAUGAUCAUCCCCAAUACGCUAAUUAUGAGCUGGAUCAACGCCUUCUUUAGCGGAUAUGUCAUUAAUGUAGUGAAACUGCCGUUUCCCAUUACCAUCAAGUUCAAGAGCAUGUUGCAAGCGGGUGUUGCUACUAAGGACAUGGAUCCCCGCUGGAUGUCUAGUAUCAGUUGGUACUUCCUGUGCAUUUUCGGUCUGCAGUCCGUCUUCAACUUCAUCUUGGGAAGUGACAACGCUGCCAGCCAGAUGGCUCAGCAGAUGGGACAGAUGGGAGGUGCUCAAGGUGCCCCCCAGAUGUUUGGCCCCGGUGUCGACCCCGACAAGCAGUUCAAGGGCGAAGCUGAGAACAUUGCCGUUGUUGAACACUACUCUGUUCUGGAUGAUGUGGAGCAGAGACUGCUCGCGGGUAUCAAAUCAUAG